AUGGACUCCGACGCUGAGAAUCCGCUCGUUAAAGCUUUACCACCUGCAACCGAUUACCUCACCUACCUGACCCUCCUUGAAUACCAACUGACUCCCGACCGUCUGCCCCUCCUGCACCGCCUGCUGCAAGAUGAGACGUUGACCACCAACAUCGGAUGGGACCUGGUCAAGCUCCUCCUGCCCAUGCUCCCUGCGUCAACUGACUGUCUACAUGAUGUCGCAAGACUGGGCAAUCCCCGAGAGGUUAUUCUCCGAGUAUCUGAGGCCUUGAUGAAUUUGCAGCCAGAAGACGAGGACGAGCAAGAUUUCGACGACGAUGACGAUGACAACACUGGAGAGGAGAAUUCCCUCCCCAUGCAUAUCCGGCAAUUCAACUGCCUUUUGGCAAUGCUAUCUGAGCUUCACACUCGUAUCCGAACCAAAGCCCCAAGCCGAUUCGUUGCGAAUUCACUUCAAGCAGCUCUGGAAGCCUACACAUCCAUGCCGAGUGACGAGACCACCCUAGCCCUUCUGGAGUUCCUGCGAGAUAUCUCACCAAACAAGAGACCGGCUCCUCCUCCAAGAUCUAAUAGUCAGUCGGCUGUUGUGCGUGUGAAUUCCAUUUCAGGAUCUGCCCCAGACCCAGAAGCAGAGGUGGCAUUACCACGCCCUGCAGCAGAUCAUGAGUCUGUGCUGGUGGAGAAAUUCAUUCAGUUUGGACUCAUCGAAGUACUCAAAGCCUACUUGCUGAGUCACUCGAGCCCAAUGGAUCCAGGACUGUCCUGGACGGUCCGGAUGCAGGAGCAUUUCCACCCGCAAUUGAAGUUGCCAGAGAAUUCUCAGACAGAGGCAUACGUUUCUACGAAGGAGCUGAAGGAGCGCGACAUGAUUAUGGGCAAGAUAGUGGCACUGUCAAGAGACGUUGGCAUUGAGACCUCCGACCUACUAGACAUUAUUAGUAAAUCCCCCGAAGACCAGCCUCAGCCUCUGGACUUUGAAGAUACACCCAGCUCCGCAGAUCAGAUUCCACUCGAGCGUCACGGUUCACUCUUGCUACUCGCAGCUCGCACAGCAGGCUCCACACUAUUCGCAUCCGGUCAAUCCAUACCGAAAACACCUAUCUUUCCAAACCUCGCUUUGAUUUACAAGAACUUCCUUGGGGUGACCGACACCUCGGAUCAAGUCGCUUUAGGACAGCCACAAGCCCUUAUUGACUCUUUGCUAGCAUUGACUGUGUUUUCGCUACAAGAGUCAACCACGUUGCCGUCCAGUGAGACCGAAUUCAAAGAUUUCUUGGUGGCUUUGACAGGGUGUACAUCCAACAAAGACUAUGGCAUCGUGCGAAAUAUCCCUGCAGAGCUUGUGCAUAGUAAUGAAUCAGCGAUCACCCGAUUCAAGCUGAUUCGAACUAUCUUGGAAGAUGGUCAUUUGCAAUCCGCCAGGGAUAGCGCUAUCUCAUGGUUGAAAGACGAGAUACUGAAAGCUCCGUGUUCUGACACAAUCUUCCGUGACCCUCUGCAUUUCUGGACCCUCUUCCCACUCCUUUUCCAAUCCGUUCAACCUGCCUCAUCAAUAAGGCUCAUUGACAGCUUUAUCAGCCUAACCCAAACGGAUGGCCCAGCUCUUCACUCUGCCUUAAAUUUGUACCUAUGUCUUCUCUUAUCUCCCCAUCGCGACCAACUUCAACUUGAAAAGACAGUGUCUUUCUUCCGCAGCCAGGUCCUUGAUCCACUCCGGGUCUUAUUCCAUACAUUCGAGGCAGAUCUUAAUGCUAAAGGUGGAGAGGGCAUUAUUGAGAAUUUCAUUGGAGAGGAAAUGACUCAAAUUGGGCUUUCCCGUUCUGUGGGGCUGAUGGGGCUUACGCUCUAUCAAAUCGAGGAUGCAAUUAGUGAAGCUUUUGGCACGGAUGAGGCUGACCUGGCAAAGUAUUCAGCUGAAGACGAGGCUAAGGUGGAAGAGAUUCGCCAGGAGACCCAGAAUUGGAACUAG